GUCUAAAGGCGAAAAUUCAUGACGCGAUAAAAUCGCGCGACGAUAGGUGUGACGCGAUUCAGUAGUCGUCAAAGCGACAUCGCAAUAAAGCUCAAUUUAUUCAGCAUUUUUGCGAUAUCGCAGUUAUUAGUGUUGACAAAUUGUAAUUGAUUAAAAUGAAUACUAAAACUAUAAACGAAAAUGAAGAAUCUUAUAUUUGUGGCAAAUGUAUGGAAACGGUUUUGUUUUCUUACGUAGCUCAACAUCCUUGCUCAAUAAAUUGUGAAAAAAUUGUAAUUGAUGAUCAGGGAUUAUUUUUUGCAGAACCAACAGAAAACACAUCACAAGAAUGUAAUAUUAGUUCUGAUAAUAUUGAAAAUAUAAAUACCAACAAUGUUAGUACGGCUACAAGAAAAACAAUUAAAUCUGCAGAAGAACGCCUUAUAGCAGAAAUACAAGCCAGAGAACCAUUGUGGAAUUAUACUUUACCAGUGCAGCAAAGAAAGAAAUCAAUUAAGGAUCGCUUGUGGGAAGAAGUUAGCGUUGCAAUGAACAGACACUACUCAGUAGAUGAAGCAAAGAAAAAGUGGAAAAAUUUAAAUGAUACAUAUAAAAGAUGUUUAGCUGUUGAAAAAAAUAGAAAAAGUGGAUCUGCAGCUGUAAAACAAUCAAAGUGGCAAUAUUUUGAUCAGAUGAAAUUUUUAAUGGAUAUUGAUCUGGGAUUUAAUGGACAAAAUAUAUCCAACAUAUCUGAUGAUACUGAGAACAAUUCUAUUUAUGAUCUAGAAAGUGAUAGUUGUGAAAGCCGUGAUAUGGCAAAUAACAAGAAACCGAAAAUUGAAAGUGCAUUAGAAAAAAUAGCUAAUGCUUUAGCAAGUCCAAUACCGAGAAUUGAAUUUCCUCCUGCUCCACCUUUGUUACCACCUUCAAGUGAGCCAAAGGAGAUUGACGAAAUAAAAGGAUUUACUUUUUUUUUAGAAAAAAAAUUACGAGAUAUGCCCAAAGAGAAAGCAAGUAGAACUAUGUUAAACAUUCAUAAAUUAAUAUUUGCAGUUGAAUAUCCAUAAGCUUUAUUAAUUAAAUUUUCAGAGAUAUUUUUAAAUAUUGUUAAAGAAAUAUUUAUAGAUCUUUAUUCCUUAGAUUUACCAAGUUUUGUUUUUUUGUAACUAUCAAUUUUUAAUAUUGUUAAUUUUUUUUAAUAAAAAUAUAAUAUUUUAUAAUGGAAAUAGGAACAAAGCAAUAUUUCUGACAAUAUUAAAAAAAAAGUUAGAAAAUCUUAACAUGAGAGUGGAGAUAAUAGUUCUUAUAGUUAUUGUGUUAGUUGAAAGAAUCUGCAGUUUUGUUUAUUAUUUUUAAGUUAUAAAAUCAUAAGUUCAUAAAUUUGUUAAUUUAUAACAAUAUUAAA